CUCCCAGCGACCUCUGCGAGCUUGCAUCACAAGAUUCAGGAAGUAGCACAUCAGAAGCAACCUCAAGCAAAGCGAUGAGUGUCCAAAUCAAAGUCGAGUACUGUGGCGGAUGAGGCUACGAGCCCCGCUAUCAGGAGCUCAAGCGGGUGGUCUUGCAAGAGUUUCCUGAAGCGGAUGUUUCUGGCUUCGUUGGGAGGCAAGGAAGCUUUGAAAUUGAGAUCAAUGACAAGGUGAUCUUCUCUAAACUGGAAACCAGUGGAUUUCCAUAUGAAGAAGAUGUGAUGGAUGCCAUCGACAAGGCCAGUAAAGGCGUCGUCGUGGAGAAGAUCACCAAGAGCCGGCCGCCGUGUGUCAUCUUGUAGCGGCGCCGUGCCCUCUGACCCCUGACCUAUGACCCCGUGAUUUAGGGAUGCAUCCCUCCAUGCACUCACUCAUAGACAUAUAGAUUUAUAUACUGUACGUGUAUGCUGUAUAGAAAUGCAGUGUAUGCUAUACAUAUCUAGACAUGGCUAUUUCUACAUGCACACACAGCCCACAUACCUACUGGAAAAUAAGGCGUAGCUUAAACACUGCCACAAUUACACCUCCCUUUAUGAUCCUUGUGCACCCCAGUGCUUGACAGAGCAAUGGUUGGGUUUGCUGGAGGGAUGCAUUCCUUGUGAGGUCUUCAGGUGAGUCCUCCUUCCUGUCUGUCCCUGUAAGGUGGGGUUGUGGAGAUUAAUGAUUACCGUGGCUUAAAAUGUCAAAGGCUGCAGUAUGAGGAGACCUCUCCAUACUCACCCAACACAGAGACAGAGUGACAGAGGAGACUUGAAACAGUGGGGCAGGAGUCAUGAGCUUUUUUUUUUUUUUUUUUUUUUUCAAAAACCACUUUGCCUAGCCCAAGUAUGCCAUUUUGUUCAUUUUGUUAACAUCAUGUGAUCAGAAUUAGUCUUUCAUGAAGUAAGAAACACGCUGCUGUUGGAUAGGGUUGUUUUAAUGUCAAAUGUCUGUCAAGGGAUUAUUACGCCAUUGUUUUGCUUUAAUAUUUUUUCUUCUUUUAAGUGCAAAAAAAACCAGCCACGCACAACUUGCAAAUUUCUAAUAACACCAAUGUCAUGCAAAGAAUAAACCUGUUGGUUUGCACAAAGUGCUUGCAGAACUGUCUUAUCUUCAUAUAGGUUUCUAUUUGUCUUUUUCUAACAUCUAAAUGUGAUCUAUUCAAAUAUUUCUGAUCGAACUCACUUGUGUUUACUGUUUUGUUAUGGUACUUGUAGCAUGAUUAUCACAAACACUGGUAUGUGUGUGAUUUAAUUGUAGCGGUCCUGUAUGAACCUUGAUUGUAGUUGCAAUAUAAUGUUGAUUGAGAGGAUGAUUAUCUGUCAUGGUAUUUUUUUCUUAUUUCUGGGCUUACAGACAAGUGUUUAGAUUUUAGUCCCCUGCGAUUACAAUUAACUUGGUUAUAGGUUUUCCCAUGUGUCCUCUUAGGACAACCUAACUGGAGAAAGCAGUUUUAAACCUACAUACAUGUUUAAUGCAUCUUACAGACUAAAUUCAAUCAGCAGUUGCCACAGUGCUGUUAUAAAGGUUUCAUUACUGAUCUGUGACGUGUGAUUGCCAUCAGUCAUUGGCCAAUCAUCAGACAGGUUUGAGAAACCUUUGUGGAAGGCCCAAAAAGAUUAAAAGGAUAUAACGAAUUGCAUUUAAAUUGUGGUAUAGCAAAAACGUAUUGCUUUUCUGUUGCUUUCGGAUGUACUGUAUCAUAACCAAGGCAAUAUGAAGGUCAAAUUACACUACGCAUUCUGCUCAGGGAUUUUCUCCAAAUGUUGCAAAAAUGAUACUGUAUAUUAAAACCAUUCAUUGAA